AUGACAGAUACCUCCUCUCUCGCAGCCACGCAUCUGCCAGCGAACUCCCACUCGGUCACCGUUCAGCCGCUCCCCUCUCCUAUUGUUCCUUCUCCGGUUCCAAAUGGUAACAGUAACGCCGUUGCGCAGCAGUCUGUCCAUGAUGACGAAGACGAGCCUUAUACCAUCAAAUGCAUCUGUUCCUUCGAGGACGAUGAUGGCCACACCGUAUUCUGCGAACGUUGUGAAACCUGGCAACACAUCUUAUGCUACUACGACGGCGAAGAUGUCCCUGAAGUCCACAACUGUGCAGAUUGCGAACCGAGACCCCUAAAUUCAAAGCUCGCCACAGAGCUACAGAGAAGGCGCAGAGAGGAGCAGAGCGAUGGCGGUGACCGGAAAAGCAAGCGAUCCGGCUCCAAAUCCCAUAGGAAGAAGGUAGCCGCGAAGGAUAAUAACAGUAACAAUUCAACAGGGACCCUUCCGUCCGGUGUAGCGGCGAUCAGACGAACGGCUGGUCCUCCCACGAGAGGGCUUCCCCUCGCAAGAAUCAAAGACAGUCAUCGCUCGUCGAACUCGAUAAACUCGCUCACGGGGCCUUGCUCCUUCAGUUGGUUCCGACAGUCGAAAGCGAGCAACAUCUGCGUCGGCUAUGAGCCCUACCAAGGCCUCCCUCAUCCCGAAUAUCCCCUCUACUCCCAGGAGUUCCUCCAUCUGUACGAUCAUGACCAGGCGAACGGUGGAUAUUCCCAGCAUCUAUUCGAUAACCUGCAACUAGCGAACGACUUUUCUUCCUGGUACAAGAUCCUGCCCUGGCCAGUCCUCUCCAAACAAGUUGUUACAGACACCAGUGUUGAAUACGAUGGACGGCAUCCUACAUGGCGGUUUCUGACUGUGGAAAAUGAUGUUCACAAGGAUGAGAUCAUUGGAGAGGUGAAGGGCAAAGUAGGUCAUUUCCGCGAUUAUUGCGUCGAUCCGAAUAAUCGAUGGCAUGAGUUCCAUCAUCCCUUGCCCUUCGUAUUCUUCCACCCUCAGCUUCCGAUAUAUAUCGACAGUCGCAAAGAAGGCUCCCAGCUACGCUAUGUUCGCCGAUCAUGUCACCCAAACGUCACCAUGAAGACCGUCAUCACGAAUAACAUUGAAUAUCAUUUCUGCCUUGUGGCGAACCAGGAUAUUACUGCCAAGUCAGAAAUAACAACCUCCUGGUACCUUGACCCGCAAAUGUUUCCUUCCAACAACGGCUUUGUUAAGCAGGAAGGAUCCAAUGAUGGCAUCUCUGAUGACUGGCCGAUCUCAAUAAGCAAAGUUCUAGCCAAUUUCGGUGGCUGUGCGUGUGAUUCUUCACGAUCCUGUCGCCUGGCGAAAGUCGACUGUCGACGACCUCCGAAGAGUGCUGACACAGCCUCGAAACAGGUAAAUGGGAGGCGGAAAAAGAGCAAGGCUAAAAAUGCGAUCUCGCCCGUCAACACGGGCCUAGCUAAUAAUAGUCGAGCUGCAAGCGAAGCCGUCAAGGCCCAAGUGGAUGACGAUCAAGGGGGGAGCCGAUCAAGGUCAACAUCCAAUCGCCCUCGAAGUCGAGAUCUAACACCCACAGCACAUAGUCCCUCAGUCUCGGACCCAUUGGCCUCGAUGUCUGGGGAGCUUUCUGCGCGCGAGAAACGGAAGAUUGCCGCAGCUGAGAAGAAGUUCGAGCAGCUUGAACAUGAGCAGCAACAGCCUCAGAAGAAGAAAAAGCGGUCUAGUGGUACCUCUGUUACGGGUACCAGUAAUACUGCUACUACUGCCAUCGGCGCCUCACAGACCAACGCUAAACCUCUACGCAUCGACACCACAAGUGCUCGUCGAUCUUCCAAUUCUCCUCGGAAACGCUCGCCUGCGUCCGUUACACCAGGCCCAAAGCCGCAAUCUUCGCAAAAGAAGGCGUCGAGAUCAACACCCAUUGUCGCCUCCCCUCUUCGCCGCCCAGAUUACGUCGACUCUGAAAUGCAAACCGAGCCGGACGAGAAUGAUCCGGACUUCGUCCCGCCAAAGCCUCCACGGCGAUCUGGCUUCGUUCCGUUGACAACACGACUUCUAAAACGGUGUCAUGAGGAUAGGGUUCGGCUUCAGCAAAUUGGCAAUCGUAUCAAUGCGUCGCCAGUUUACAGUAGUGACAUUGCCACGCCUUCGAUACCAGAUUCCCAGCACGCCAUCCUCAGCUCGCCUCUAAGUCGUCGCGAAGAUGUCGACAUGAAGGACACAGAUACACCGAUGACGCCACCUAAGAUUUCCCAACAUACUACCACGACCACUAUCCCACCGUCACCUGGCACAUCAGCCGCAUUGUCUUCCUUAAAUAUAUCCUCAGACACUUCCCCUCAAAAACCGCCUCACCCAUUACCAUCAACCGUCGCGCAUAAUUUCCCAAUGCCGCGCAAACCUCCUGACAGAGCAUGCAGAGCUGACCUGCGAGUUCAAUUACCUCCUGCACCUCCUCCUUUCACCACCCCCUCAUCAACACCUAACUCGAUGAUGACAACUCCUACACAUCCCACCACCUCUACAAGCACAUACAAAGAUAAACCCAACUCCUCAACACCAAUACUCCCAACGCAAUCACCACACUCAUUCCCUAUCAAAUCUUCACCCACCAACGCAACUACUACCACUCCUACAGCCGCCCAACAUCCUAUGCCUACAAUAACGCCACCCUCGAGCGCCAUCACCCCUAGCCCUGUGAAGAAAAAACUUAGCUUAGGUGAUUACAUGAGCCGGCGCGGUACCUUAACGGCAACUACGCCACCGAUUGAGAAACCGCAGCCGCCUCUGUUUUCCGCAGGUCAGAGUCAGAGCCCGUCGACGCCACUGCAACAGCAGGGAGCUAAUAGCCAGGGCCAAUGUCAGAACUCAAUGGAUAAAGAUACAUAUAAAGUUAUGGCUUCGGUGGAUGGACGGGGGAACUUGGCUGGUGGUUCUGACAGUAGUAGUAGUGAUACGACGGUAGCUCAGGAUGUAGUUAUGCAGGAUGCUGGUGCGAAUACUUCGUCUGCGCCUUCUGCUGGUGUCGCCAUGCUAGGGUUACCAUCGUGGCCUCUAGCUGCUUCCCCCUCUACAUCCGUCGCUACUGAGUCGCAAGGUGGGAGUAAUGGAUAUAAUAACAAUGGUGUUGGUCCUGGUUCUGGUGAAUCACGGGAUCCAAGGUUGCAGCAUCAUUCGAGAUAA